AUGUCCGAGUCCACAUUAGCCGAAGACGAGCAAGAAUUACAGCACUUGAUUGCCGAGUUGCAAGAGCAGUACCAUCGUUCAGUCCCUGUCGACAAUGUUGUUCAGUUUUGUGUCAACUUUUUUUACAAUAAACUGCAGCAGCAGCAGCAACAGCAACAUGAUUCGGAUACAGAGUCCACGUUGUCAUCGUUACCGCCCAUGAGCACGUACAAUUUGCAGGAUAGACGAGUCUCAGUGAGUGCCGAGUCCAUGACGCCUUCUCGUGCGUUUAUGCCUUUUAGCAGCAACAAGAAACCAAAGACCCGAGAACAGUGUGAGCGUAUUCGAGCGAGUGUGGCCGAUCAUUUCUUAUUUCGCGACUUGGACGAGGAGCAAUAUCGAGAUGUGAUUGAUGCCAUGGUGGAGAAGCGAGCCAACAAGGAUGAGCGUGUCAUUGAACAGGGCGCUGUAGGAGACUAUUUCUAUAUCGUGGAACAAGGGCAUCUUGAUUGUUAUAUCCAAGAUCGGAAAAUCACGCAUUAUACAGCAGGUGGCAGCUUUGGCGAAUUGGCACUCAUGUACAAUGCACCACGCGCUGCUACCAUUGUGGCCACCACCCACGAUACCGUCUUAUGGGCCCUGGAUCGUAUCACUUUUAGAACCAUUCUCAUGGAAAACACAUCGAGACGUCGUAGGCUCUAUGAAUCCUUUUUACGUGACAUGCCACUGCUAAGAUCACUCGAACCCUAUGAACGCCACAAAAUCGCUGAUGCCCUCGAGUCCGUUUCGUUUCAGGAUGGCGACAAGGUCCUUGUACAAGGAGACGUUGGUGAUCGCUUUUACAUGAUUGAAGAAGGUGAAGCCCUUGUAUACCAAGACAAUAAAAAGAUCAAUCGACUCGGCCGAGCUGCUUAUUUCGGUGAAUUGGCUUUGUUAAAUGAUGGUCCAAGAACAGCAACCGUAGUAGCCCACGGUCCACUAAAAUGCGCAACAUUGGGUAAAAAGGCAUUCAACCGGCUAUUGGGUCCUGUAUUGGAUAUUCUCAAACGCAACUCUCAAAACUACAUUGAAGUAAUCAGCAGCUUACCCUCGGCUUCUAUACCACGGAAUAUUCCCCUUCAUUAA